AUGCAAUCAAAAUCAUUAGAAAAGUUCCACUCUCUUCCAAACAUAAGAGCUGGAUUAAGCGAAGGGGAUUUGCGAAAAUUGUACAGUCUCUCUCUAUCACAGAUACGGAAGCAUGCCGAAUUUGCGGAAUACAAUUAUAAGCCGGCAUCAUUCAACAUACGUUGGAUUUACGGUUACAACCCUAGAGCGGGUGUGAUUAAUCUAAAGGACCGCGACAAGUCCGAAAUCUUCUAUGCAGCUGGUAACUGCGGUGUGCUGUAUGACUGGGAGAGUGAUCAAAUGCGAAUAUUGCAAGGACAUAGACACGUAGUCCUGUUCUUAGCAACCGAUGCUCAGGGUAAAUGGUUAGUGACUGGUGACUCAGGACCUGAAAAUAUUAUCAUAAUUUGGGACACAACUGACUUAUUUCCACAAAAGACGUUGUUUUCCCCACACGGCAGCAGCAAGUUGGCUAAGAUCUCUCUCAGUGCUGAUGCUAAAUAUCUUAUGACCUUGGCGUAUGCAGACAUAGCUGUUCUACACUGGUGGAUAUGGUCCUUUGGAUACGACAUUCCUCAUGCGACACUGGAAGUGGAUAUACCUCGUGAUGGUGUUCUUGACAUGAGUUUUAAUCCAAAUGAUAGUUUGCAGUUUCUUCUUCUAACUAAACAGGAUAUUUGGAUUGGGACAGCUAAGAAAAUAUUUAUAAUGGAAAGAGGAAUUGUGAAAGAGACUGACGAUUACGAGUUGAUGAUUCGUAUGCCGACCAGAAAAGCAGCCCCAGAAGUUGGAAGGCUCACUUGCUUCACGUUUGCAAAAGCCCAGAUUGUGGUAGGAACGAGUCGGGGAGCUGUAUUGUUAUAUAGUGCGACUGUUGGGAACCAGGACAAUGUUAAUCUGAAUUACGAAGAACUAAGAUUCAUAAAGAUUUUGAAAAUUGAACAAAUAAAGAUCAAUGUUAUUCAGAGCGUGGAUGGGGUCAUAGUAACGGGCAAUGAUAUAGGCGAGUUGCACUUCUAUGAUGAGCAGUUAAAGUUGCUGUACUGGAUCCACGGCUUUCAAGUGGACUCAGUAAGAGGCAUCAGUUUUGAUAUGAUUCGGCGAAGUUUUAAAAUAUUAGACCCUAAAUGUAACAAGGAGUGCCCUUGCUAUGACGAGGUGAACACGGGUGUGGAUCCAGAAACUAAGAUGCGCCGCCAGAAGCUAAUGAAAAAAGCAAUACCUUCUGACGCAACAACUGCCAAUAAGCCUUUUUUGGUUCGAGAUUUCAUUCUAUGUACCUAUAAUGAGGGCGUUUCGUUCGUUAAUUUCACAACGGAGACUCUGCAAACAGUUCUUGAUAACAGGAUUAUGCACGCUAUGACCUUGACAGUGCAUCCUGAAAAGUCAUUUCUUUGUGUGGGCUACUCGGAGGGCUUGAUCGAGCUCCAUAAUUAUGUUCAGCAUAAAUUGUUUGUUCGUCUUGAUCUUCGAGAGAAGUUCAAAGUAAUAAUUCCUCCAAAUGAUGACUCCAUAAAGGGUGAUUUUGAAGUCAACUAUCCUGAAUUGUCAGUAACGUGUCUGAAGUACUCGCCCUCAGGUCUACACUUGGCAUGCGGACUUGACACGGGCGAGUUAUUAUUCUUGGACCCUAUCACUAUAGACCUCCUUACACCAAUUCCCUUCAAAGACACCGAACACUCUAUCAAGGAAAUCAACUACAGCUGCGAUUCUAUAACCCUAGCAUUUGCAGAUGCAGGCAGAACUGUUUGCGUAUAUAAGUACGACUGCAAUAAUUUCCAAUGGCAAUUCAUAGGAAAGCAUAGAGCGCAUUUCAAAGAAAUCACCUCUGUAUUCUUUUUACCCCAAAAGAAUGCGAAUGGCGAAUACAAAUUGUUAUCCCUUGGUGCUGAUAGAAUGAUGGUGGAAUACGACAUAGGAAAUAGUUCAGAUGAAUAUUUAGAAAUACUUAGCUUGGAUAGAAUAGACCAAAUGGCAAUUCCCCUUGCUGGCAUCACCAUGACCAACGCCUUGGAGGUAGCCUGUACAGCUAUUUAG